UCCCAGGUGAAACUUGGUUCCAGGGCAAGUGAAAGCAACUAGAGACAAAGUUAUAAGGGGCAAGGACAGAUUAACAGUGGACUAUCUUUGCCAUGAGUGCUCAAGCUAACAUGGAUACCAUCUUGGUCUUCAGCCUAAUCAUUGUAACCUAUGAUUACAACAAGAAAGACCUCAGAGAUAGCAGCUGCCACGUGGAACAGUUGCCUGGGCUCUUCCCAAAGGAUGUGAAAAGCAUCAGGGAAUGGCUAAUGCAAGAAACUCAGACAGAAGCCAAAAGGGCCACAUUCAUCCAGAAUCAAACUAUGGCUACCCUGCAGUGCCUUGGCUCUGGGAGCAAAGUGAAAGUAAACCUUCUAUACUCAGAGGGGAGGCCAGAGGUCAAACCUGUUCUGAAGAACCUAAGAGUCAUUGCUGCUCCCCACAGAAACAGCUCUGCUUCCCCAAGCUGUCACCUAAUCCGCACAUCCAAGUUUCAGACCGGAUCCCUUCUAACAGGCAAAGCUUUUUUGCCGGCGAUCUCCCAAUGUAAGGUCUACCCCAUGAUGGGGGCUUCAACAGAGACUGUUCCUAUCACUACCACCUCCACAAUUUCUGGGAAUAAACAAGAAGAAGAAACUACAAGUACUGGUGAUUUUUCUAGCCCUUUGACACAAGACACAGAUGAGGACCUAGAGAGAAGGCAGAAAUGGAGUAUUGUGGUCAAAUUUCUGAUUGCUGUCACCCUGUUGGUCAGUGGAGUCACCAUUACAAUAUUUGUCAUUUUUGAAGUCCCGUGCCCUAGUCGAUGCCGAGGAGCCAGAAGACUGUGCCAAUGCCAGCAACUAUGGAGAAGGCAAAAGAAAGGAAUCCAGUAUCCUGGGGCACCUGAAUCCCAAGCUGACUCUCAGCCUGAGAAGGUUGGACAAGACAUUCCUAACUCACCAAAUUCGAAGAAAACUACAGGGAUUGCUAUUAUUCAUCAGACAUACUUUUGAAAAGUUCUGCUCUGAAUGAAGACACUGUUUUCUUCUAUACUGUUUCCACCCUAUUAUUAGUCAACAUGGGCAGAUUCUUGCCAGUGUUACAUUUAUAUCCUCAUGGGGGGGUAUUAUAAUCAGUAGUACUGCCAGGUGAAGGAAGGAAGAGCCUCGACUGAGCAGCUGCCUUCAUGCCACUGCUAGUGACUAGCCAUAAGCCUCUGUUUCACUUUGGAUGUCCAUGAAAAUGGAUAUCUUUCCAUUCCAUCAAAUGAAAACAAAAGGCCUUCCCUCUAAGCACUAUGAAUGGAUCUUAUUGCUCUCUUUGACAAAAGACUUACACACAGCCUCCAAGGAACUGGGCAAGGCAGCUGGCAGUGUGGCACACAUCCCAACCCUUUCUGUUAUCCUCAUAGCUGACUUCCUGCUCACUGGUGUCAAUGAGCUUACAAACUAACUUCCUCCACUUCCAGAAUAAUGUCCACAGGGUUAGAUUUACCCUUUGCCACUGCAUUGGCUAUCAACACACUGGUGAAGGGAACAUGAAGCUACCCAUUCCAAAAGCCCUCCUCUUAAGUCAUUCCCAAGGGGCUUUAGGGACUGCAGACUCAGUGAAGUCUUCUCGCAAUCCAGAAUUCCUAAAGUGGGUCUGAUAGUAUGUUUUAUUUUAAUACUGAGCUGCAUACAGUCUGGAUAAGGAUUCCAGAGCAGAAAGAUUACGAUGAUGACAGGCACAGCUGUGAGUGGAGUCUGACCUGCUUAAGCAAGAGUUUGGUGAGAAAGUGGAAACAGAUGAUCCUGAGGCAGUGUUUAAGUGGAAAAGGGAAAGGCGGGUGUUAUCCUACUUCUUUUCAUAAGAUUUUGAAACUAUUUCAUUUUGGUGAAAUGUGCCUGCUUCUCUGUAAUUCUGUUUUCUUAGUUCUCUGGUAGAAGCCAUACAUGAAUUGUAUUCUUCUUUUUUUUACUACAAGUACUGUCCAAAAAGUGAUUCUCAAAACUGUACUAGCAGAGGAACAAGCUGAACCUGGAAGAAACAGAACACACACAAAGCAUGGGUGAUGUCACGUUUUGGGGAAGCCCUAAAGAACCUCUGAAGACCCACAGAGCACACUUGGAACAUAUGGCAGACAGAGAGGACUGAACGCUGGGUUGCCCUUUGGAUAAAUAAGUAUAUUAGUUGAACCCUGCCACUGAGUCACAACAUCACCUCAAGUUUAUCCUAUCACCUCUUACUUAGUUUGACCAUAAAAUAGGGGGAAAGUGCCUGCUCUUUCCCAGGACCAAUAGGGAGGAUUAUUAAAGCUCUUGGUCUAGAAUUAAUGCCUGCAUUCAUCCCCACACUUCCCUGCCUCACCUACCACAGCCGAAUGCCCCUUAAUCUGGAAACAUAAAAUUUCCCAGAAGAUGAAACCUGUGGCAAAGUCUAUGCUCAUCAACUCUUCUGCAAUCGUAUAAUUUGGACAUUUGUAUUGAUUUUUUUAUAAAUAUUCACUGACAGAGUCAAAAUUAUGUAUUUUGCUUUGGGAACCUCUGUUUCCCAUGGCAAAGCAAGAUCCCCCUGAGAAUUUUCUAACGCCCUAAUCAGUUAACAACUUUGAAUCCUGUAUUCCCUCACCAGUGGAGAGUCUUGAAAACUAAGAGAUCAAAGAGAUGGCAGAGCAGAAGGGAGAGUUCCUAUGGGGACUUUGGGAUGUGAACUUCAGUCUGCAGGCUAUUUCAGAGCCAGGCACAAUUCUUGGUGUCACCAUUACAGACCCCAACUCGGUAGAACACCAUUUCUAGAUAAGUGCCAAUUACUCCUCUGCAAAGUGUACGGUUCUUAUUGCAAAUUCUUUCUUACAAACUUGUCAUACUUUGUUUUUCUGAUUAUUAAAGUGCAUUCUCAUUUAAAAAUUUUUUUUGAAAAUAAUGGAAAUAUAAAGGAUUAAAAGUUAAACCUAAUCUCUCCUUCCAG